AUGAGAUCCUGCGGCCCCAGUUUAAUUAAAUAUGUUUUAUUUGCCUUUAAUGUGCUGUUUGCGCUUUCUGGGCUUGGAAUUCUGGUGGCUGGUGCCAUAGUCCUCGCCGAUGUCAAUGAAUUCAAUCACUUUGUGGAGGGUCGCGUCCUGGCACCGCCUAUAGUGCUGAUAGUCACCGGCUUGAUCAUUUUCCUCAUUGCCUCUCUGGGUUGUUUUGGAGCCAUCAAGGAGUCACCCACUCUUCUCUUAACGUAUGCGGUGUUAUUGGCAAUGAUCUUCAUCAUCGAACUGGCUGUAGGUAUUGCAGCGAGCGUCUUCAAGAAGGAUCUGGAGGGUAUGCUGAAGAAUUCUCUGCAGGAGUCAAUUAAGCGCUCCAACAGCGAGGACAGCAUUGCCUGGGACAAUGUUCAACGGAAGCUCAUGUGCUGUGGCGUGGACACUCCCGCCGAUUGGCGUGCUCUUAGCCUGAACAAGACCCUUCCGGCCAGUUGUUGCCAGCCGCAGUAUAUCGACUCCGCCGUGGGACACUGCCGAGAUUCGCCGGCCCUUGGCAAGGACAAGUUCUAUCAGGAGGGCUGUGUGGGCAAACUAAAGGAGCGCAUCGAUAAGAAUGCUGUCAUUCUGAUUGGCGUCGGAAUUGGCAUCGCAUUCAUACAAAUUCUGGGCAUUAUCUUGGCCUGCUACUUGGCCAGCGCCAUAAGGCGCCAAGCGAACUAAGCACCUAGAUCCUAAUCCUGAUCUUGAUCAGAGACGGGCCUAAUUAACUACUUAUUUAAUGAAAUGGCAUUGAAAAAAAAUAAUGCUAAUGAAAUUUCAUUU